CUACGUUACUUCUGAGCGCUUUUCUUUUUCCUCUUUCUUUCCACCUAUCUUCCGUCUCCAAUCUCAAAUUCACAAUGCGUGAGGUUCUCUCCAUUCACGUCGGUCAAGCCGGUGUGCAAAUCGGUAAUGCUUGUUGGGAGCUUUAUUUGGCCGAACACGGUUUAACACCUGAUGGUCGUAUCACCGAAGGCAGCCCUUCAAGCAGUGAUGAUGGUUUCUCAACCUUCUUCUCAGAAACAGGUUCAGGAAAGUACGUUCCUCGUUCCAUCUACGUCGAUUUGGAACCAAACGUGGUCGACGAAGUUCGCACAGGUACUUUCCGUAGCUUGUUCCACCCUGAAACCUUGGUUACAGGAAAGGAAGAUGCUGCUAACAACUACGCCCGUGGUCACUACACUGUCGGUAAGGAAUUGAUCGAUCAAACUCUUGACCGCGUUCGCAAAUUGGCCGAUGCAUGCACUGGUCUUCAAGGUUUCUUCGUCUUCCACUCCUUCGGUGGUGGUACCGGUUCCGGUUUCGGAUCCUUGCUUUUGGAACGCCUUGCUCAAGAUUACGGCAAAAAGGCAAAAUUGGAGUUCACCGUUUACCCUGCACCAAUGAUGAGCUCUUCCGUUGUUGAACCUUACAACUCCGUCUUGACAACUCACACAACAUUGGAAAACUCUGACUGUAGUUUCAUGGUUGACAACGAAGCCAUUUACGAUAUCUGCAAGCGUAACUUGGGUAUCGCAUCCCCAAGCUUCACCAACUUGAACAGAUUGAUCGCUCAAGUCGUUUCAUCCAUCACCGCUUCAUUGCGUUUCGAUGGUUCAUUGAACGUUGAUUUGAACGAAUUCCAAACCAACUUGGUGCCUUUCCCACGUAUCCAUUUCCCAUUGGCUACCUACUCACCAAUCAUCUCGGCUGAGAAGGCAUUCCACGAACAAAACAGCGUUGCUGAAAUGACAUUCAACUCUUUCGAACGUGGAAACCAAAUGGUCAAAUGUGAUCCUCGUGACGGUAAAUUCAUGGCAUGUUGUUUGUUGUACCGUGGUGAUGUCGUUCACAAGGAUGUCAACGCUGCCGUUGCAGCAAUCAAGACCAAGCGUACCAUUCAAUUCGUUGACUGGUGCCCAACCGGUUUCAAGAUUGGUAUCUGUAAUGAACCACCAGCCUUGGUUCCAGGUGGUGAUUUGGCUCGUGUUAGCCGUAGUAUGUGCAUGUUGGCCAACACAACUGCCAUUGCUGCUGCUUGGAGUCGUUUGGAUCGCAAAUUCGACUUGCUUUACUCAAAGCGUGCUUUCGUUCACUGGUACGUUGGUGAAGGUAUGGAAGAAGGUGAAUUUGGUGAAGCCCGUGAAGAUUUGGCUGCACUUGAGAAGGAUUACGAAGAGGUCGGUCUCGACACUGCCGCUGAUGAAGAUAUCAUCGAAGAUGAAUACUAAAGGAGGUGGUAAUUUACCUGCUUUAGCGGUCUUCAGUGUCAUUUCCAGCCUUGUUCCCCUUUCCUCGUCAAUCCGCUCUCUCUCUUUGACAGAUCAUACCCCUCCUAGAAAGGGUU